AGCUUUGCUCUUAUCUACGCGCCGAAAUACGUUCCGCAUAAAAUAUCCGUAUAAAUACCGGACGAAAUUUUGGAAAAGACACAAACCGUAAGAAGUCGAACCAACCAACAUGUUUCAACAACUGUGUCUACUCGCCUUGGUGGCGAUCGCGUCAGCGAACCCGUUGCACGAAAUCAUCCCCCUGAAUCCGUUGACACCGAGCGGACAGAUAAUCGGUGGUACGGACGUGAAAAUCGAACAGGUGCCUCAUCAGGUGUCCCUUCAAAGUUCCGGUUUCGGCUUCUGCGGUGGUAGCAUCAUCUCCGAGCAGUGGGUCGUCACCGCCGCUCAUUGCAUGGCCGCUUACCCGGCCGAUUGGGUGACCGUGAGGGCUGGUACCACCACCAAAUCGUCCGGUGGCACUGUUCACAAAGUCGCGGAAGUGAUCAUUCACGAGAAUCACGUGACCAACUGGCACGGAGUACCGGAGAACGACGUGGCCGUGUUGCGAGUGAGCACUCCCUUCAAACUUGACAAGACUCGCCAGCCCGUUAAGCUAUUCAAACAAGGAGAGGAAGCAAUGGCGGGAGUGCAAGCGAUCAUCACCGGAUGGGGCGCGAUCAGAGAGGGUUCCAGCACCACCGACGUCCUUCAAACCGUCACCGUGCCGAUCGUCUCCAAGAGUUCCUGCGACACCGCCUACAAAUCGUACGGUGGUCUUCCCACCGGACAGAUUUGCGCUGCCGUUCCCGAAGGUGGCAAAGACGCUUGCCAAGGUGACUCUGGCGGUCCAUUGACCAUCGGUGGACGUCUCGCUGGACUCGUGUCCUGGGGAUACGGUUGUGCCAGACGAGGAUAUCCCGGUGUUCACACCGAGGUUGCCGCUUACAGCGAUUGGAUCACAGCCAAGACCGGAGUUAAACUGUAAACCCUGCUUUAUCACGACCCUGUUUCUCUAACUUUAAUCCUUUCUUUAUUUUUAAUAUAAUUUUCAAUACAGCUUAAUCGAAAUAAUUGUAAUAAAGACAGCAUUCUGUAAUAAUAA